GAGCGGCGGCAGCGGCUCGAGCGGCCCCUGUCAGUCUGUCGCAGAUCCUCGAGCGACCCGUGUAUGCCGGCGCCGCGUCCGUUGCCGCAGCGCCCUCCGUGUCGUCCGCCUCCGGCCAGCCCCCGCCGUCCCCCCGCCCGCCCCGCCACCACGCGCCCGCCGGCCCCCAGGAGCCCCCCGCAAGGGCGCCCCCGAAGCAGGCGUGCCCCAUGCCGGUGGCCACGAUGGGCAAUGGCACGUCAGGGCACUCUGGCGGAGGCCACCACCACCACCACGCGCACCACAACCACGGCGGCGCCCCCCCCGCGGCGCCGGGGGGGGCUGGCCCCGGGAACGGCCGCGGCGGAGGGGGAGGAGGGGGUGGAGGCCCCGCCGCCAAGCCCGUGUACCCCGAGGACUACAACUACCUCAAGGGGCUAGUGCCCGAGCUCAAGAGUGACAUCAGGGAGCGCGACCUCCGCAUCGACCUCCUCGAGUCCGAGAUGCUGGACCUCCGGCGGCAGGUCAAGCGCAAGACGGAGGAGCUCACGAGGCUGCAGCGGGAGGUGCACAAGCUGAAGAGCGUCCUCCAGCAGCAGGCGGUCCGGUUCCACGAGCAUGGCGACCUCCUGGCCACCCUGCACGAGCAGCACUCCAUGGCCGGCCAGGGCUCCAUGACCAAGAAGCAGGGCGUCUCCGGAGAGUCCUGCUUCCAGAAUAAGACGGCGGAGAAGAUACACAUCCAGAGAUUCGACAAGGACUUCAGCCGUGACCAACUCCAAGCUGUGGGUGCUGGACCGCCGCGUGUUCCAGCAGGUCAUGAUGCGCACCGGCCUCAAGCGCAUCGAGGAUAACAUCAACUUCCUCACCUCCGUGCCACUCCUGCAGAACCUCAACAAAGACCAUCUGAGCAAGAUCGCCGAUCGGCUCGAAGUUGAUUUCUAUGCUCCCGGAACCUACAUUAUCCGACAGGGAACUAGUGGAGAUUCCUUCUACAUCUUGCGCUCAGGGAAGGUCCGAGUUACGCAGCGGAUACCAGGCAAGGGCGACGAGGAGGAGAUCCGCGUCCUGGAGAAGGGCAGCUACUUCGGCGAGCAGGCGCUGCUGCGGGAAGAGUGCCGCACCGCCAACGUGAUCGCCAUGGCACCCGGCGUCGAGUGCCUCACGCUGGAUCGAGAGUGA